AUGCUUGCCGACGCAUGUGUUCAUGGAUGCGAGUUCGUUCUUUGGCGUCUGCAGGAAGUCGUGGGAAAUGUGGACUCACCAGCCGACACAGAGAUUGUAGAACAGGAUACCUUCAUCAAAACCUUAUGGGCCAAGCGACUUGGAAAGGCAUGCUUGUCUCCUACACUUCCUCGAAAGCCCAUCGAAAUUGCAAUCGAAGAAUUCGCCAGACACAAAGUAGACCCGAACAUCGUCACCGAAUAUGUGGAUGAGUUUUACGGUUUAAACGAAAUACCGGAUAAGUUGCUCAACUACGCUAUCACACUGGUUCAGCUGGCAUCUAACAGUGAAGAUCAACGCGAAAUUAUCAAUUUCCUUGAAGUUGCUCAUCAAGCUUUGAAGGUUAACGAAGUUCCAAUACACGCUGAAAAAUUGUUCUCUGCAUUCAGAGACCUUCUAUACACUAUAUCUCCUUACAGUUACUCUACCAUACAAUUCAUUGUUUCGCAUCUUCAAUCUACCUGCGACGAUGAAAACCGAUCCUUCGUUAGUGGAUGUACCUCGAUUCUCAAUUUCGUUAUGGAGCGCCGACGUGCAAGCACCAUAUGCAAAGAAGAACUUAUGUGGUACACUAACAGAGAGAAACAAAUGGCAACAGAUAGAAAGGAUUCGAACAUCGAGAACUUCGCUGCAUACUGUCGAUGCUUCUUUGAGCAAGGAUCUCAGUCCUCCUCAUUCAAUGCCCAUGCAUCAUCGUUCAAUGAAGAUGGCGACAAGAGCAACUUAUACGAACGCGAUGUUCUAGUGGUAGCAAUGCCAGAAUUGGCGAAACAGCGGUUACCUUUCCAUCCAUUCCUGUACUUGGCUUCUGGUGAUAUAGAGAGGUUCCUUGUUCCAAUCGUGGAGAAGGAGCUCGACAUCUACAAUGUGCUUUGUUGGCAAAGUGUGUUGCGAAGUGUGUUCUGGUUGAAAGGAUGCGCUUCAUUCUCUCGUUCGCGCUUACUCUCGAUAGCUGUUGGCAAAAUAAGCGCCGACGUUAUAGCUAAAGGGCAAGACCUUGCUUCAGGAGAAGUGGCGACUAUUGAACAAUUGCUUAUGCAGACAACUUCGAGAAACGCUGUUGUGUCUUGCGUUGCUAUGUGCCUCAAGAAGUUGCCACUGUGUGAGACGAAAAUUCGUUUGAUGGAGAUAGGCCGCAAUAUCGCACAGCACUGGUUGAUGGAUCCGGCUUCAGAGCCGGCGAUGGACGAUACGGAGCGGAUAUCAAUUGAGGAGCAGGUGAACCGUCUUGGUGUCGCUAUUGAGAAGUACAACACUGAAUUGAUUCUCAAGAAGUCUGGUCUAUACAAUGAGAGAACUUGCGAUUUGACAGAAUCUCCCGAAGAGUUGAUUGGAUUCAUCUACUCAGACCUCAUUGAUUGGAAAUGUGAGAAGGAGCGGGAGCAAAAAAUGGCUGUGAUUGUGCAGCUUGCAAAAGCUAAUCACAUGAACAAUUUGGAGACUAUCCAAGAGCAGUUGGUAAUGAAUUGGCUGAUUGCUGACAAAAUAGACGAUGCCUAUGCAGUGGAUCCUAAUGAUACUAUGGGCAACACAGCUGUUGACCUGGGCAUGAGUACUGCAGAUGAAAAUGAAAUCUUCCUUUUGCCAUUUUUUGAUGUAGCGGUCGACAGAAUUGUGUAUGUGCUCAAACUUAUCAACAUGGAAAAGAUCAUGUUAGAUCUAAUAACCUAUCUGCGAAGGGAUCCAUCUACUGUGACCGGAGGAUUCAGAACAAUUGUGCGCGCCGCUUGUGUCCUGCUUCGUGCAUACACAGAUGAACAAUUGAAGCGAGCCAACUAUGAUCAAUUAAAGAUCUGCGUUGAUUUGGAUGCAAUAUUAUAUGGCCGUUUGCUCGAACUUGCACAUGUCGACAUUCCCCUCGACACAUUCCGUCGCCAGGAUAAAUCUGUGGUGGUUCGCAGUUUGGUUGCUCCUGGCGUGCGGUGGACAUCCCAGCUAACCUUCUUGGUAGCUUCUCUCAUAGUGGACAAUGACAUAGCCGACCGUUCGGUAAUAGAAGUAGUGCUCAAUCGUUUGCAAGCUGCUCAAAAACGAGAAAUACAGGAGAAGAAGCUUCACAAGGUGAAGAAUCUCGCCAUGUUAUGGGCUAGAGCAGCCGACUGGUACCUAGGCAGCAUAGAGCAUGUCAACGAAGGUUUACGGGAUGAAUUCGAACGGUGGUUCUAUUUCGCUAUCUCUUGCCCAGUAGAGGGUGGACGUGCAUUUGAUUCUAUACGAAAUGCCUUGCGAGCACGGAAUUACACUCUAGCCGCCCACUUGAUCUCUGUGGUCGCGACAUUUGCCCAAGUUCGUCGCAUCCUGGCAGAUAACAGCGAUUCAAACAAAUAUCCAACGCUUUUAAAAGCUUUGGCAUCGGAUAAUGCACAGCCAUCCACAUCAAAGAAAGUUUCCGAUACAGCGCAAGGUAGUUCGAUGGGUGGCAUUGAUGGCAAGUAUCCAACACUCUUGCGUGCUCUGACAUCAGGUACUUCGCAGCCAACAACUUCGGAAGGAGCUUCUGGAUCGAAACCAGCUUUUCAAAGGCAUCGCGUUCACCGUCGUCAUUUUCAUGUAAAACUUACGGGAAAGCUUUUCACUGGAAUAAUCGAAGCUAGUAAAAGGGGUGUUAAUCCAGUUCUGAAGUACCCCAUUCCAGGUGGUGAAUUCUGUUAUGCUUUCGAACUCGUGCGUACAACAAAACAAGGUAUAAUGUCCUGCCAAGCCAUUGCGUCAGAACCACAACUUGCUGAUGCAAAGCCUAGUCAGCUGUGGAAGAGCAUAGCACAAUUCAUCGACGACAAUGCUCCCGAAGAUGAAAGGGAACGUAAAGAGAUGCUGAAAUAUUUCUACAGAGGUGGGUAUAAGUCACGAAGGAGGACUAUUGCAAGGGCUGCUGCAAAACUUCACCGCGUUUCGGAGGAGAAGGAAACGGAGGCACAAGAAGACGAAAAACAGGAGAUGUGGAUCUCAAAAAUCAAGGAUGAGCCUCCGUAG